GUGAAUUUCCCAGCCUAUGAAAGAUUGUGUACAGAGAGAUACUUCCUAACCUAUAAAACUGCACUGGGUUUGCACAAGUUAUGUACUUCUUCCAGCCAAUAAUGACUGUUAGGUUUCCUUUGAGAAUGUGUGGACGGUUUGGAGCAAUGAUGUCUGGUAAGAAGCUGCUCUUCUUGGUUCUUCUUCUGCUGCUGACAGAUUUAGAAGUUGUUGGGUUAGAAACUCCUGACUGCAGUGAAAGAAGGGAUGAUCCAGCUUGCUUAGACUUUCUUGUGGCCAUGCCACCACCAGAAUCCAAUUGUGAUGGACCUGUAGGAUGCAAGCUUAAUUUUCUCAUUCCAGAUGAGCAUCCCACCCCAGAGGUGCAAAGAGAACUACAGCAUGACCUACACCAAGAGUUUAAACAGACUCUUAAAGAAUCUGGAGCUGAAGGUACCAUCAAGCAGCAGAAUCCAAAGCCAAAAACUGUAGCAGACAGGUUGAACCUUGUGGAGUCCAACCUUAUGUCUUUGACCUCUAAGCUCCAGAAGCUUCAAGAGGAUGGCAAAACCAACUUGGGCAGAAUAGAAGAUAGAAUAAACUCGCUGGUGGUACUACUUCUGGGGAUCUUGUCUGGAUGUGACAUACCCUGCAAUGAGUCUGUACAGAAGCUGUCUACGCUAGAAAGUCGACGCCUAAAGACCCUCGAAACAAAGGAAGAUCCGCCGUUGACUCUGAAGGGAUUUGCUAACACAGGUUCGCCAGUCGCCACUUCAGAAAAGCCAGAACGGCUAUUCCCACGAGACUGUGCUGAGAUCCACAAACAAGGAAUCCGGGAUAACGGGAUCUAUACCAUACAACCCAUCCCUGUAAAGCCACCAUUCGAGGCGUACUGUGACAUGGUUACAGAUGGUGGUGGUUGGACUGUCUUCCAAAGAAGGCAAGAUGGUUCUGUAGAUUUCAACCGUACAUGGCAAGAAUAUAAGCAGGGUUUUGGUAGCCUUCAAGGGGAACAUUGGCUUGGGAAUGAGAACUUACACAGCCUCACAAGACUUGGUCAACACACUUUGCGUAUUGAACUUGAAGAUUGGUACAGUGUGAAAAGACACGCCAUUUACCGAAAAUUCAAAGUGGCCAGCGAGCAAAACAAGUACAGACUGACAGCCAGAGAGUAUCAGGGAAAUGCUGGCAAUGCCCUGAGCUACAGCCGAAAUUACAACCAUGACCACAAGCAUUUUACAACAUAUGACAUUGAUAAUGACAAUUACCCGUCAGGAAACUGUGGCACUUAUUAUGGCUCUGGGUGGUGGUUUGACACCUGCCUGGCUGCUAAUUUGAACGGGAAGUACCACAAAGGCCGGUACAGUGGGGUAACCAGUGGCAUUUAUUGGGGAACGUGGUAUAUUCUAACAGAUAAAAGGACUAAGCAGAAAUACUCGUUCAAAAAAGUUGAGAUGAAAACUAGGAUUCUAAAUGCAUAAUGUACAGAGAUCGUUAUUUAAAAAGACUCAAUGGAAUGGUUUUUUAUUCUAUUUUUAAGAAUUAGUUUUACAUUUUAUUUUUUAUUGGGUGACAAUAUAAGAAAAUACAGCAAUCAAGCAUGUGAAGUGCCUAGAAAAAUAAAUAUGAUUUACAGA